AUGAAGGCUGUGCUGGCAGGGUAUCCACACUGCCCACAAAGUGCCGGGGGACAAUCCCUGCUCCCCCCAAACCCCUCGGGGUCGCCCGAGCCCGGCGGCGUCGCCGCUCACACCUUCCCCUCUCCUCUCUCUCUCUCUUCCAGGAUCCCGUUCAAGAUCGGGCAGCCCAAGAAACAGAUUGUACCCAAGACAGUGGAGAGAGACUUUGAAAGGGAAUAUGGAAAGCUGCAGCAAUUGGAAGAUCAGACCAAAAAACUUCAGAAGGAUAUGAAGAAAAGCACAGAUGCAGACUUGGCCAUGUCCAAGUCUGCCGUGAAAAUCUCCUCGGACCUGCUGUCGAACCCGCUGUGCGAGCAGGAGCCGGGAUUCCUGGAGAUGGUCACGGCCUUUGACACGGCCAUGAAGAGGAUGGACUCCUUCAACCAGGAGAAGGUGAAUCAGAUCCAAAAGACAGUCAUAGAGCCUCUGAAAAAGUUCAGCAGCGUGUUCCCCAGCCUGAACAUGGCGGUGAAGAGGCGGGAGCAGACGCUCCAGGACUACAAGCGCCUGCAAUCCAAGGUGGAAAAAUACGAGGAGAAGGAGAGGACCGGCCCCGUCCUGGCCAAGCUGCACCAGGCCCGGGAGGAGCUGCGCCCGGUGAAGGAGGACUUUGAAGCCAAAAACAAGCAGCUCCUGGAGGAAAUGCCCAAAUUUUACAGCAGCCGCAUCGAUUACUUCAAACCCAGCUUUGAGUCUCUGGUCCGGGCACAGGUGAGAGGCUGUUCCUGCCUGCUGGGCACUGCCAGGGGGGAAUCCUUUGGUGGGAAUCCUCCUGCAGAGCGCCUGGGUGGGGAUUCCACCUGGAGCAAGGUGCUUUCUCGCAGCAGUGCCUCCAGGAAUUCCAUCACCCCGGUGGGAGGGCACGGGGAGCAGUGGGAUGGCUGGUGGGAGUUCAGAUGGACCUUGGCCUGGCACAAGUGGUGCAGUGCUGGAUAGAAGGGACAGCUGAGGGGAAUUUUAUAUGGAUCUGGGACACUCCUGGUACGUGGAUCGUGUCCUGUCCCGCAGUUCCAGCCCUGGCUAUACAUAAUCCGCUGGGAUUUGAUGGCUCUAUCCACCUGGGCAUGUCAUCCCCUUGGAUUUGUAGUCCUGAGCUCUGGGUUGGAUCUUGUUGGAGGUGUUGAGAUGCUCAGGGCUCAUCUUAAGGGUCUCUUGUGGCUUCUGGUGAGCAGAGAGGAGGCUCCUGGGACAUCUCCACGCUGAGGAUUUGCAGGAAAGGAGUGGCCUAAAUAACCCGCAGCUUUCACUUCCAUCCUCCAGCCUCCUUUGGGGACUUGCUGCUGCUCCUCCUCCUCCUCCUCCUUCUCCCUUUGCCCUUUUCCUCAGGCUGGAGAGGGACAGGGUUGGGAUCUAAUCAACCUUUGAACCUCCAGCACCUCAUGCCCUGGGUCACGGGGCGGUCCCGUGAUGGGAGGGGAGGACAAAACCUCUCUCUGCUCCCUCCGUGGGCGUUUCCCGGUGGUAUUUUUGGGAAGGGAGCUGCUGCAGGGACACAGGUGCCGGGCGGGGGGGCUGCAGGGAGGUGCUGGGAGCACGUGUUCCAUCUCACCUCCGACUCUGGGGGGGCCUCUGCGCGGAGCUGCCAGCGAGUUGUCUGCAGGCUGAUUCACCUACCAGAUGGUGCCGAUGCUCCCUGCGCCGCAGGGUGGGAGCUGGGGAUGCUGUUCCUGCUGUUCCCUCAGCGAUGGGCCCCGGGGCUCCCUGUUCCAGCCCGGCACAGCCGGAAUAACCACAAUUCCCAGAGCCACUGCAGGGUCUCGCUGGCCCUUUCCCCCUGCAGACCCUCUCCGGGUCGCACGGAUGGGACCUGGAAACCCGAAGGUUCUCUGCCAUCUCCGGGUGUUUGCCAUCCAUGAGUUUCCUCAGAGAGCAGCUUUGCCCCUCUGGCUUUGACCACGAUGUCCCUCACUCCGUUUGCAUCCCAAUUCCCAGGGAGUUUGGGGCGAGGGCACGUUGGGAUGGAUGUGCUCGGAGCACCCAGGGAUGCGAGCAGGGAGCGGCAGGAUGUCCUUGCUGGGGCUGUUUGUAAGACUGUCCAUUCAUAUCCCUCUUCUUCCUCGGGAAUCCUCUGUUUUCUCU